GAACCAUAGAGGUCAGGGAGGAGCGCCUCUCCUUCGCCCAGCUAUGGAGGCACGUGAAUGGAGGGGAAUGACCAAAAGAGCUAUGUUCUUCAUGUUGUCUACACAGUAGUGAUGUCUCCUACCAACUAGAAUGCAAGCAGCUUCUCAUAUCUGGGGCUAUGAAGAUCUGAUACAUGCACACUAGGAAACAUCAGUUCUUGAUCUCCAUUGUGUAGAGUCCCUGCCAUGCAUUGGAUCAAGCUCUUCCUCCCAAAGAUUUCCUGCAGAAGGCAGCAUCGGCCUAUAUGGCAGUUUUGCAUCCAACGGGCAUUUUCCAGUCAUUUUCCAAACCAGGUGACUGAUGAAGGGAUAGAUCAGGCAUCAUCACAGGUAGAAGCUGCUGCAAGAAGAGAAACACUAAUUCUCAGACUCCCCAAGGGUACCAGGGAUUUUAGCCCAGAGCAGAUGGCUAUCCGCGAAAAAAUCUUCUCCACCAUUAUCAGCUGCUUCAAGCGUCAUGGAGCUGUGACGAUAGAUACCCCUGUGUUUGAGUUGAAGGAGUUUUUGUCGGACAACUGGGGAGAAGAUUCAAAGCUUAUAUAUGACCUGAAAGAUCACGGAGGAGAACUGCUGUCUCUUCGCUAUGAUUUGACUGUGCCAUUCGCUCGUUAUUUGGCUAUGAACAAAAUUACAAAUUUGAAGCGUUACCAUAUUGCGAAAGUUUACAGGCGUGACCAGAUAAUCACGACCAAGGGGCGCUACAGAGAGUUCUACCAGUGUGAUUUUGACAUUGCUGGAAAGUAUGAUUCCAUGAUUCCUGAUGCUGAGUGUCUGAAGAUUAUGCAUGAGAUUCUAAGUGCCCUGAAGAUUGGAGAUUUUCUAAUCAGAAUCAAUGACAGGCGAAUAUUGGACGGGAUCUUUACAGUAUGCGGUCUUUCUGAAACCAAGGUUAAAACAGUUUGCUCCACUCUUGACAAACUGGGCAAGAUAACAUGGAAGGAAGUGAAAAAUGAGAUGGUCAAUGAGAAGGGAGUUUGUCCAGAAGUUGCAGAUCGUAUUGGUGAAUAUGUUCAGCUCUGUGGAGGAGUACCUCUGAUUGAGAAGCUGGUACAGGAUCCAAAGCUAUCUCAGAAUAAGCAGGCCAUGGAAGGGCUGGAGGACAUGAAGCUGCUAUUUGAAUACCUUACCCUGUUUGACAUCUUAGACAAGAUCUCCUUGGACCUGAGUUUGGCUCGCGGUCUAGAUUACUACAGUGGAGUAAUCUAUGAAGCAGUAUUGCUGCACCAAGAUGAACAUUUAAAUGUGGGCAGCAUAGCAGGAGGUGGGCGCUAUGAUGGACUUGUAACUUCAUUUAUUCCAAAUUGGAAAAAAGUACCCUGUGUAGGAGUCAGCAUUGGUGUUGAAAGGAUCUUCACUGUCUUAGAGAGGAAUACUGAGUUAAUGGAGAACAUCAGUGCAACAGAAACAGAAGUGCUAGUGGCAGCUGCUCAACGGGACUUCCUUGCUGAGAGGAUGAAGCUAAUCACUAAAUUAUGGAAUGCUGGCAUCAAGGCAGAGAUGUUUUAUAAGAAGAAUCCUAAGAUACUGAAGCAGUUGCACUAUUGUGAAGAAAGAGGCAUCCCGCUUGUUGCCAUUGUUGGGGAAGAAGAACUGAAUAACGGAGUUGUGAAACUUCGGGAUGUUCCUACUAGGGAAGAGACAAAUAUUCCGAAGGAGAAAAUCAUUGAAGAGAUAAAGAGAAGAUUGGAGAAAUAGACCCAUUCAUUUCAUGUUUGUUUAUUUAUUUAUUUUUUAAAGGAAACUGGCACCUUUGUGCUAAGCUUAUUGAAUGCUACCGUCCUAUAAAGCCACUUGGGCUUGUUCAGUGUUGUUUCUCUUUUGUAAUAAAGAAAACAAUUGCCUCUCUUAGAA